UACACAACGCGAAGCUUAUAUAUAAACCUCCGAGCAGAACAAACAUUUCACGACAACAACUUAGUUUGAUAAUCGGGCACGUGUUUAAUUGUUUGUUGAGAGGGAUAAUGAUGAAGGGUGGUGAAUACGAGCGGGUGCUGAGGUACUUGGACGAGGACGGUGACGGAAAGAUUUCAGCUUGUGAGUUGAGGAACAGAAUAGGGAUGCUGGGUGGGGAGGUUGGGUUGAGAGAGGCUGAGAUGGUGGUUGCGGCGGUGGAUUCUGACGGUGAUGGGUUUCUUUGUUUGGAGGAUUUGGUGAAGAUGAUGGAGGGAGUGGAAGAGGAAGAGAAGGUGAAGGAUUUAAGGGAAGCUUUUGAUUUGUACGACAGAGAACGAUGUGGCUUCAUCACGCCCAAAGCCUUGAAGAGGAUGCUCAAGAAGUUGGGUGAAUCCAAGUCCAUGGAUCAGUGCAGAGCCAUGAUUGCUCGCUUUGAUUUGAAUGGUGAUGGCAUGCUUAGCUUUGAAGAGUUCAGAGUCAUGAUGAACUAGUUAAUCAUCUCAUUCAUUUCUUUCUACAUUGUGUCUGAUCCUUAUUCAUUCCCUUUUGUUUCUUCAUUCAUCGAUACACAUACUGGAAUUGUAAAUCGCUUUUUGUGGAAUGAGAUUUUGGUUAUGACAAAAGUACAGAGCUACGAAAUGUAACGAAUUAUUUAUCGAAUCAACUUUGUUCUUUGCUUUGUGUUAAA